AUGCCUCUCACUGCGUCUGGGAUUCGGGUGAUGAUGCGGCACCUCGCGGAGGUCCGUGCGACCCCGCUGGAUAGCAUUCAUGUCCACCCCUCCGAGGAUUUGAGUCUCCUUCGCUUUGACCUGGACGGCCCGGAGGGCACCCCCUUUUCCGAAGGCCGCUUUCUUGUCACCCUGAGCUUUGACGAGCACUACCCCGAGAUCCCCCCGAAGGCCCACUUCCGUAACAAAAUCUUCCACCCCAACGUCUCGGAGCGCGGGGAGAUCUGUGUGAACGCGUUACAGAAGGACUGGGCCCCCCACCUCGGCCUCCCCCGCGUCCUACUGGUGAUUCGCUGUCUGCUGGUGGAGCCGAACCCGGCAAGCGCCCUCAAUGAAGAGGCCGGAAGACUGCUGAGGGAGGACUACGCCGCUUACGAGCGGAAAGCGCGGAUGUUCACACGGCUUUACGCCCAGCGCCCGGCCGGGGUCCCCCGGUUGAACUACCCCCCUCGGAAAGAAGAACCCCUCCCAUCAAGAUCGACCGAGGCGCCCGUUCGGGCUUUAGCGGAUCCUAACAAUUGGGGGAAGGGAAGAGGGACUUCGGAGGACUGUGCUUCCAAUCCACAAGACGAGUCCGCGACGCAUCGCGCUACAACGAUGACGACUAGGGCUACCAUCUCUGGGGAUGGCUCACUUCCGGGUGAAUUCGACACCGAAUCAUCCCAUCCACUUCGGAGUUUGGAGGGCAAUAAUGCAUAUUUCGCGAGCGGGAAGGUAAAGGAUGAUGAUCUGAAGACUGGUAGUGUGAAUGUAAUGGUUCGAGGGGCUGGUGUACAUGGCGAAGCAGGCUGUAAUAAAAGUUCUAUGAUCGAGCUGCAUGCUUCUAAAGCCGCGCAGAAGAAAAUAAUAGAUAAGAAAAAAGCUGCUUUAAGGAGGAUUUAA